AAUAAGCGCUUCCCGUGAUGGACAAAGUUGGCCUGAAACUGGUGAAAGAAAAAGGAAAACUUAAGAUAGGGUUGGCCUUUGCCUUAACUUUUACUAUCUUGUGUUGAGGAUUUUUUCUGCUGAGUAAAGUGUAAUCGGAAACUUCUUGGUGCCAUUCCCUGGACUACGAAAAUUAUUAAGCUAUCAUUGCUUUCUUUCCCAAUUAACUUGUAGCUGUCGAGAUUUUCGGGAAAGAACAUCGCUGCGCAAGUAUGUAUACAUGUUGCGAUGCGAUUGCAAUAAUAGAUGCUAAGUUUUUUUUUAUUCUUUUGAAAAUUUGUCUGUUACAACAAUCACCGCUGCGUUCGUUAACAUUAUUUAUAGCUUUGCUGUCACAUUUUCGACGCUUGUCUGGUAUGGACUUGAUUAUUCAGUAAUGCUAUCAAGAAAUGUAUCACGAUCGACUUUGUGACAGCCCAGUUACUAUUUUUGGCGAGAUUUUUCAUCACUUAAUUUGCUUUACUUCCCAGAUGAACGAUAACACGUGAUAUAGAAGAAGGAAGAGAACUGGUUUCAAGCCGCAUCCAAAUUCCAACUUUGACGUGAUAAAUGUGACCGUUUCACAAUCGAGACAUAGUAAUCUUUUGAAGGAAUGCAAAGUCGCUCUAGAGCGGCUUAGAGACAGCCGAUGUUUCCGACAGAUUUUCUUGGUAGUUUAGCGUCGAAUCCUUGAAAUGAAUAGACUAUUUUUUUAAAUCUUUUCCAGGUUUCGAUCAUUGCGUUACAAUUGACUUUUCCUGUUUGCCAUCGUGAUAAGUAUUUAAGCAUUGGGUUUGGCAACUGCCAGUAAAAAAUCAUAGAUUAAAUUUUCUUAAUUAUUUUUCUUAUUAUUUCCACCAGCCCAGCAACACAUGCAACACUCAGGUGUACCUUUGAACGCUACUUGACAUGAUUGAUUGUUGGUUUUUUUAAUCAGAUUUUAAGCCCAGACAUGACAUUUCGAUACGACCUCCUUACUUAUCUUUGAUAGCCGAUGUGUUUAUUAAUAGUAGCAAGGAUACCACCUUUGGGAUUUUCCUUUUGUUUGCAGGCCCAGUUCGAUAAACCCAUUUGUUGUGUGUAGCUACAUCGCUGACCGUGAGUAUAAGAGACAGAUAAAAGUAGGCUGCUAUUCCAUUAGUUCGAAAACGAGUCUCGGCAUCACUUUAUUGAUUUUAGUCCCUUAAAAAGAAGAAAGCGCAAUACAAAAUUUGUGCAAAAUGGGUCGUAGUCCCGUUUUUUGGGGUAUCACAGGUCUAACGGGUGCCAUCAUUGGAGUGACUUUUGCAGUUGGUCUACCUUUCCUCGUUAGUUUCAUAAUCGACCAGCAAUUGAGGCUCACACCGGGUACUAUUAUGUACAAAUUCUGGGAAACUUCACCCGUUCCGAUGUAUAUCCGAUUCUACUUGUACAACGUUACCAACAGCGAAGAUGUUCUCAGAGACAAUACGACGAAGCCUAUCGUCCAAGAAAUAGGCCCUUUUACUUACACGGAAGUGCAUGAGCGCGUCAAUGUGACAAGAUUGGAUCAUAAUUACACCAUCCAAUUCCAGCAGAAGAGAUAUUGGCAGUACGUGGAAGAAAUGAGCAACGGGUCUUUAGACGACCCAAUUACCACCCUCAACGUCCCACUUUUGAGUGCGGCGUACACGAUAAGAUUUUCUCCGCCGUUCAUCAAAACAGGGUUCAAUGCUUUCGUAAAAGCGACCAAUACUGAAGUCUUUAUUACGAAAACGGUGGACGAACUCCUUUUUGCCGGCUAUUCUGAUCCCUUGUUAGAUUUCGCUCAGUUAAUACCGCCAGGAUAUCUUGAUAUCCCUCAGGGCUAUGACAAGUUUGGAUGGUUCUAUGGGCGUAACGGAUCCGAAAAAUUUGAUGGAACAUUCAAUAUAUUCACUGGUGUGGAUGACAUCAGUAAACUCGAUGUCAUGGACAUGUGGAAUUACAACUCUAAAACCGAGUAUUACGAAUCAUAUUGCGGGUACGUCAACGGAUCUUUCGGCGAAGGAUGGCCACCCAGAAGAGAACGAACUAGCAUAUCCAUGUAUUCUUCUGAUCUUUGCAGAUCCGUUACGUUAGACUACACGAAAGAUGUCAGCAAAAGUGGUGUGACGUUUUAUCGAUUUGCUGGAACAAAAAAUAUGUUUGCUAGCGCCGAGGAAAAUCCCGACAAUUGGUGCUUCUGUUCUGGCGGAGUCUGCAAUCCUUCGGGAGUCACAAAUUCGUCAACAUGCCGUUUCGGAGCUCCUGCCUUUGUCUCCUUUCCUCACUAUUUCUUGGCCGACCCUUUCUUCCAAGAGCAAGUGGAAGGAUUGAACCCCCAAAUUGAUUUACACGAGUUCCACGUUGAUCUAGAACCGCGCACAUCAGUUCCGUUACAGGUAGCGGCACGUUUCCAAAUCAACAUUCUGCUGCAGUCUAUUAAAGGCAUCAAAAUUGUCGAAAACGUCAGAGAAGUCUACAUGCCAGUCAUCUGGUUCGGUGUAAGCGCCGAUUUAUCCGACCACUUGCUGGGCUUGAUCCAUUUCACCUUGAUAGGACCGUACAUUGGAUCUUUUUGUUUUUUCUUGCUUUUCGGGGGAUGUAUGGUUUUGGUCGCCAAAAGUGGAAUCAAAUAUGCAAAGAUGAACAGAAAACAACCAAAAACCGAAGCAACAGCAGAGCAAGAUAAAAGCGAGCAUAACGAUACGGAAUCGAUCGAACGUGAAAAUGAUCAAAUUCAAUAGAUAUAUGCACUGCACAUAUUAGGUAAAAUACUAAAACGGCCAGUCGGCCAUUAAUCAUUUUAAAAUAAACCACUGUAUUUAAUAAAGAUAAUGAUAUCGGAAAUCUGUAAAAACGAAAGUUUUGAAAUUCUAAUUAAACUAAAUACGAUAUGAAUAAAUUAAUAAUGUAUGUGAGUAAUCAAACCAAUGCUGUCGCAAAGAGUAAAAAUAACGCCAUAUUUAAACUGUGGCGUUGCCGUUUGUAUGUUUCCAUUUUCUGAAAUUCGAAAUUAUCCCCAUCUCUGUUGUUCGAAACACAAAAAUCGUUAGUUCCCGUCCGAAGCGCUAGGUUGUCGUAAGAAAGAAAAUGGGAUUCCACAAAGAAAGCUCACUUGUUAAUUUUUUGAUAAUUGCUUUUUUUAAUGUACUGUACUAAAUGUAUUUCACGGAGAUGACGAAUAUUUUAUUUUCCGUCCGACUCUAGUCGUCCGUGGUUGCUAAGGGUUGUCACUAGGUGGCUAAAUAUCAGUGUGUUUAGGGAUUGAACUAUUCAGCUCUCGUUUGUUGGUAAUGUAGGGGGUCGGUCAUCAAACUGUCAAAGUGCUGAGAUGACAGACAAAACGUUCUUUCUUUUGCUGUCGAGACGCUGUCCGAGAAGCUUGAAUUUAAUCAUUGCUGGGUACUUUCUUACGUGACAUUUCUGAUCUUAGACAUGUAAAAAGAUUUCUUGGUUAAAGUGAUGUUGGAGCUGCUAAUGGUGUUGAUGCAGUGUUCAUGGUGUGAGCAGUGGUUUUGCAGUCAUUUUUCAGUUGAGAUAUCUUGAAAUGGAGCUUGUGCAGACAUUCAGUCCAACAUCAUACUUCAAUGUGUUAUUUGCCCAUGUUGAUGUUUUUUUGUUGAGCUGUUGUGCAAAAUAGUCGGUGUUGCCUGGUGGCUGUUGGGCAUGUUUUAUCGGCUGCCUUUUGUCGAUGUGUCGUCGUCUCUUGCCACCUGUACACUCCUUAAGUUUAAUCGUUCGCUGCCGUUCCAUCGACUUGAUCCAUUGGUGAAACUGAGAUGAGGUUGCAGAAAUUGAAAUGAGGUUGCAGAAAUUGAAAACUGAUACAUUAUUAGAUUUAGACAAAUUAAAAAUGCAUGCAUGUUCUCCCUUUUCCCUAAGUAAACUGUUUCCGCCGUUGGUUAUUCGUCCGGUCGAACGGGAAAUAGCAAUGAAAUGAUCUGAUGUAAUUUUGGAGAAAGAUUAGUUUGACCACGAAGUAAUUCUGAAAUUCUCCUUUAUGAUUCGCGAUUAACUCUACCUCAUUUAUAUAACCAUCUUAACUCGUUGCUCUACAUAUGACCAUAAUACUGCUUACAAUAAAAUAUGAAAUCAAAUUCAA